AAUCAUUGACUAACCUCUUCAAAAUGUUAGUCUUCUAAGUUUUGUGAUAUCAACAAUGUCGAAGUGAACAUAUUGUAAUUGAUCCUGUCAAUUUCGUUCGUUUAAGUUAUCUUAUUAUUUAGAGGAAUAUAAAAUAAGGUAUUCCUUAAUUAAAUAACAAACAAUGGCAGAAAAUGCUGCUAGUUCUAAUUCGGAGGAAAAUGCAAUUUCCUCAGAUAUGACAAGAUGUUAUGAAAAUUAUAUUAUUGUUGAUGUCGGUGCCAAUUUAACCAAUAAGAAAUAUAGUCGUGAUUUAGAUAGUGUAAUACAAAGAGCUAAAGAUGCCGGAGUCCAAAAGAUCAUGGUUACGGGUGCAAGUAUUCGUUCCAGUAAAGAAGCUUUAAGACUGACAAGAAUAUAUCCCGGUACACUUUACUCUACUGCCGGUGUACAUCCUCAUGAUGCCAAGUCUUGGGAAAAUCCAGAUACUUUACAAGAACUCGAAAGUAUAGCUACCAAUCCGGAAUGCGUUGCAAUAGGAGAAUGCGGUUUAGAUUACAAUCGUGACUUUUCUGAUCCUGAGACACAACGUACUGUUUUUCAUAAGCAAGUAGAACUUGCGUGUCAAUUAAAUAAACCACUUAUAAUACACGAGAGAGCAGCUCAAGCAGACGUAUUGGAAGUUCUCAGUCAUUACAAAAAUCGUUUACCACCAGUUUUAAUUCAUUCUUUCAUCGGUACCGCUGAGGAAGCACAAAUUUAUCUGGAUCAAGGAUUUUAUUUAGGAAUAACCGGUUAUCUAUGUAAAGAUAAAUCAGAUAGCGGUAUUAGACAGUUGUUGGAAGCUGGUCAAGCACCGUUAGAUAAAAUAUUAGUUGAAACUGAUGCACCUUUCAUGUAUCCCAAUACGAGAGCUAGUAAAUUACCUGUACGUGUUAAGGAUGCUUUAACUGAAAGAUCCAUGACUUUUCUUCAUCGUUAUUGCACCUUUCAACGUAACGAGCCAUGUGCCUUGCCAGCUAUAGUAGAAAUGGUAGCAGCGUUUAUGCAAACAACUCCUGAAGAAGUUGCUUUAGCUACCGCUUUCAAUGCUUUGAAAUUAUUUGGUCUAAAUGCGUGAUUUCAAUUUGAACAAUAUCAACAUUGUUAUCUAAGGUGGUGCUAGUGUUGGUGCUUCACAAGAUUUAGAUAUUGGUGCUAAAUAUAUAUGCUAUAUUCUAUUUUUAAUCUAAUAAUCUGACUUUAGAAAAUUUAUUCAAUAUUUAACAUUAUUAACGAAAAAUAAAUACACUUCGUUGUGUUAUAAUCAAUGUAAUGAAAAUUGAGAUAUUACAAAAAAAAAAAA